AUGUCUGAAAUCAGAUUCGGCAAUCUCACUUGGGAUCAAGUUAUGACACUCAAUCAAGUGUUAGAUGAAGUAAUUCCAGUUCAUGGAAGGGGGAAUUUCCCUACAUUGGAGGUAAAACCAAAAGAUAUUAUUCAUGUUGUGAAAGAUCAACUGAUAGAGCAAGGAAUUACUGUUAAAAAUACCCGAUUGAAUGGUUCCACAGCAAGUUACAUACUUGCAAGUCACAAUGGAAUCAGCUAUAAGGAUCUGGAUAUUUUUUUUGUUGUUGAACUACCAAGUGAUCAAGAAUUUCAGGUUGUUAAGGAUGCAGUUCUAGGUUGUCUACUUGACUUUUUGCCAAAAGGUGUAAAAAAGGAAAAGCUCACCCUAAAAACUAUGAAAGAUGCUUAUGUGCAGAAGAUGGUCAAAGUUUGCAACAAGCAUGAUCGUUGGAGUCUAAUCUCUCUUUCAAAUAAUACUGGGAAGAAUGUAGAGCUAAAAUUUGUGAAUUCACUCAGACGACAAUUUGAAUUUAGUGUCGAUUCCUUUCAAAUUGUCUUGGAUCCCAUGUUAGACUUUUAUAGUGACAAAAAUGGUAAACUAACCAAAGAAAUCUGUCCUGCUGUGGUGGCUGAAAGCAUGUAUGGAAACUUCCAGGAAGCAAUGACACAUUUGCAGUGCAAGCUUAUAUCUACCAGGAAACCUGAAGAAAUUAGAGGUGGUGGCCUUCUGAAGUACAGCAACUUGCUAGUUCGUGAUUUUAAGCCAGCUUGUGAAGCAGAAAUCAAGACCCUGGAACGUUAUAUGUGUUCUAGAUUCUUCAUUGAUUUUCCUGAUGUAGCAGAACAGCAAAAGAAGAUUGAAUCAUACCUCCACAACCAUUUCAUAGGUGAAGAAAAGAGCAAGUAUGACUACCUCAUGACCUUGCAUGGAGUUGUGAAUGAAAGCACUGUUUGCCUCAUGGGUCGUGAAAGAAGACAGACUCUCAAUAUGAUCAGCCUUAUGGCUUUAAAGGUACUUGGAGAACAGAAUAUCUUACCCAAUGCAGACAAUGUAACUUGCUUUUAUCAGCCUGCUCCAUACUUUGCUGCUGAGGGAGGGUACCCUACUUAUUAUGUAACAUCUGGACCACCACCAGUUUUCUUUCAGCCAUACCACCCACUGCAUUUUCAUGUACCAAAUGGUAUGAUUUAA